CUACGUCACGUUCCGGAGAAGGAAGGAAGGGAAGGAGUGGGUUGAGGAGAGCCUCCGGCGAGUGACAGCAAGGGAGUGGGUGGAGCCAGGGCGGGGACGUUCAGAGAGGCAGCCGAGCGUUCGAAAGGGGCGCGGCAAGCGUGUCGCAACGUUCCCGGCAGGCUUUGAAGGUGUCGCGUCCUCCCAUGCGCGCGCGGGAAAGAAAAGGAGGAUCGUAGCAGCCGGGUUGGUGGAGGCGUAGGCUGAGUUUAGCGAUCCGGGAAUGGAGCGCGAAGUGAUCCAGUGUUUGGCUUCCAAGCUGGGCGUCACUGCGCCCGGAGUUAUCAGGAAAGCUGAAGAGUAUCUGCGCCUGUCUCAAGUGAAAUGUGCCACCUUGCUGGCUCAGAUGACUGCCACAAGCAAAGCCGUGAUCUGCCUGGACUUGGCUGCUGCCUUCACAAAAAACCCCGUGGACAAAGCUUAUUUAGUGAAACUUUCUGGCAUGAACAAGACUGCUUACCAGAGCUGCAUGAGGUCCUUUGAGAGCCUCCUGGGUGUGCAUUCCAGCCUUGGCAUCCGAGAUCUGGCUGUUCAGUUUUGCUGCCUGGAAGCAGUGAAUAUGGCCUCAAAAAUACUGCAAAGGUAUGAAUCCAGCCUGCCAGAAGCUCAGAAGAUGGAUCUUGAUUUGUCCAAGUCCUUAUUCACCACCGCAGCAUUAUUUACAGCUUGCAGGUGUUUGAAACUUAAAGUGGAUAAGAACAAAAUGGUAGCUGCGUCUGGGGUGAAGAAAACCAUAUUUGACCGUCUCCACGGCCAGCUAGAGAAGAUAAGCCAGCAAAUGGGCCGUGAAAGUGUUCCAUUGGCCACGGAGGCCUCCAAACCUCAGGAGACCUUGCUGGAAGGCCUUGGCAAGAACGCUGCAGAUGAAACGGAAGCAGAGGCCCCUCGCAAGCGUCCAAAAAUUGAAACGGAGGCAAAAGAAGAGUAUGAAGAAUGGAAGAGGAGAAUUUUGGAAAACGCAGCCAAAUCACAAAGGGACAGUGUUUGACCACAGCAGGCAGCUCUUCUGGGAUUUUUAGAAUCAAUGGUAUUUUUAGGCCAGCAACCUUCGUGGUGGUUUUUCUUGGGCACUGGUUUGAGUGCGCACACUUCCCAGCUGGGUGUCGUAGCACAAAACAUGGAUUGUGGGAAUUGGCCUCUGCUUCCUGCUUCCUCCCCUGGAGGCUUCUGGGAUGAAUGCAGAAAGCCUGCCCUACUGAUGGGUUCUCCUUGGUCAGGAGGGCUACACUACUGAAAUGGCCCUCAAAACGUGUGAGCUCUUUAUUUUGCUGUUGAGGGCCUGUGAACUCCACGUUAUAUUGUUCAAGAAAGUUUGGAACUGUUUUUGCAGUGAGAAAGAACUUCUGUGCCGCAGCUCAGAUUUUUGGAGGUGGAGGGAGCCUUCCAUGUUACGACAAAUUCUGGAUUUGGCAAUCCAGGCAUCUCAGCCAUAACCAUGCUUGCUCAGAUGUAAACCAU